CUCACGGAAGUCAGUACUGACGAUGGUGGCGGCCUCGUCAGCCUAUUAGCAGGAAGAGGAUGUUUGCUUCCAGUGAAAGAAUAAUAUCACCUGAUUAUAAGCCGUUAUAGGAAAGUAAACCACCGUGGAUUUUUCUCUCUGCUCGGGAUUAGACCGCUCAUUCCUUCACCUGGAGCCGGCCUCUGUGAGUCUGAAGCCGGGCGCUGGGUAAAAAAUGUCCCUGUUCCAGUCGGCGCUGGAUUUCCUAGCCGGGCCCGGCUCGUCCGGAGCGGCCAGCCGGGACCAGAAUGAUUUCGUCGGACAAGUCGUGGAGCUCGGUGACAUGAAACUGAGGAUCAAGAGGGUGAUCGCGGAAGGUGGAUUUGCCUUUGUGUAUGAAGCUCAGGAUAUGAGUACUGGUAAAGACUAUGCCCUCAAGAGGCUGCUUUCCAAUGAGGAAGAGAAGAACAAGGAAAUCAUACAGGAAGUCUGCUUCAUGAAAAAGCUGUCGGGUCAUCCCAACAUGGUUCAGUUCUGCUCUGCUGCUUCUAUCAGUAAGGAGGAGUCCGACACCGGGCAGGCCGAGUUCCUGAUCCUCACUGAGUUGUGUAAAGGUCAGCUGGUGGACUUUAUAAAGCGGGUGGAGCAGAGGGCCCUCCUGUCAUGUGACACUGUGCUGAAAAUCUUCUACCAGUCGUGCCGCGCCGUGCAGCACAUGCACAAACAGAAGCCUCCAAUCAUACACAGAGACCUCAAGAUUGAGAACCUCUUGAUUAGUAACCAGGGCACCAUCAAGCUGUGUGACUUUGGCAGCGCCACCACAGUGUCACAUUACCCCGACUACAGCUGGUCGGCACAGAAGAGGUCCAUGGUGGAGGAUGAGAUCACAAGGAACACCACUCCAGCAUACCGAACACCAGAGAUGAUCGAUCUCUACUCCAACUUCCCCAUCAAUGAGAAACAGGACAUCUGGGCCCUAGGGUGCAUCCUCUACCUGCUGUGUUUUAAGCAGCACCCAUUCGAGGAGGGCGCCAAGCUGCAAAUCGUCAAUGGGAAAUACUCCAUUCCUCAGAACGAUGUCAAGUACACUGUGUAUCACACCCUCAUACGUUCCAUGCUGAAGGUAAACCCAGAGGAGCGUCUGUCCAUUACAGAGUUGGUCAACCAACUCCAGGAGAUAGCAGCAGCACGCAACGUCAACCCCAAGUCUCCCAUUACAGAGCUGCUGGAGCAGAACGGAGGUUUUGGCAACAACGGAGCCCAGCCGCCCAUGCAGAUCCACAACGUCCACAACAAUGCAGGCAUAUACGAUCCUGAUCAGGCGGGCAGCGGCCUCUUUGAUAUCUUACGGGGAGGAACCGAGCGCUUCCUGACCAACAUAAAGGACACUUCCUCUAAGGUCAUCCAGUCAGUAGCCAGCUAUGCCAAAGGGGACCUAGAUAUUUCAUACAUCACCUCCAGAAUAGCAGUCAUGUCCUUCCCAGCAGAGGGGGUGGAGUCAGCGAUAAAGAACAACAUUGAGGACGUCCGUCUCUUCCUGGAUUCACGUCAUGCUGGCCACUAUGCUGUCUACAACCUCUCCAGGCGAUCGUACAGGCCUUCUCGAUUCCACAACAGGGUUUCAGAGUGUAACUGGCAAGUGCGCCGUGCCCCCAACCUCCGCAGCCUCUACAGUGUGUGUAAGAACAUGCAUCUAUGGCUCAAACAGGACCAGAGGAACAUCUGUAUAGUACACUGUCUGGAUGGCAGGGCAGCAUCAGCGGUGGCAGUUUGCUCCUUUCUGUGUUUCUGUCGCCUUUUCACCACAGCUGAGGCGGCUGUCUACAUGUUCUCAAUGAAACGCUGCCCGCCUGGUAUAGCACCCUCACACAAGAGGUAUAUAGAGUACAUGUGCGACAUGAUGGCAGAGGAGCCCAUCGUCCCCCACAGCAAGCCCAUAACAAUUCGCUCCAUCGUCAUGACACCUGUGCCGCUGUUCAACAAGCAGCGUAACGGGUGCAGGCCGUUCUGUGAAGUUUAUGUUGGAGACGAGAGAGUCCUCACCACAUCACAGGAGUACGACAAGAUGAAGGACUUUAAGAUAGAGGAUGGGAGAGCGGAGAUUCCCCUCAAUGUGACAGUCCAAGGAGAUGUGCUGGUGGUGAUCUACCAUGCAAGAUCCACACUGGGAGGACGUCUACAGGCUAAGAUGGCAUCCAUGAAGAUGUUUCAGAUCCAGUUCCACACAGGCUUUGUCCCCAGAAAUGCGACCACUGUCAAGUUUGCCAAAUAUGACUUAGACGCCUGUGACAUACAGGAGAAGUACCCAGACUUGUUCCAGGUUAACUUGGACAUCGAGGUGGAACCCAGAGACAGACCCACCACCAAGACCCCUCCUUGGGAGGGCUUCCAAACCAAGGGCCUCAACCCCAAAAUCCUUUUCUCCUCUCGUGAUGAGCAGCAGGAAAUCCUCAGCAAAUUUGGUAAGCCCGAGCUGCCUCGUCAGCCAGGCUCCUCAGCAUUUUAUGACUCAGAGUCGCCCCAGCCAGCUCAGACCCCCGAAGGCUCCACUGCAACAGAAACAGAAUCUCCUGUGAGCACCGAUAACAACGCCAACAACUUCUUCCAGACACUAGAUUGGGAAGAUGUGGGCAGCCCUCCAGAUGCCUCAGACAGUCAAGGAGGAGGAUCAAUGAAUGACCAGGAGGAUGUGAGCGAUCAAUCAGAAGGAGAGUCCUACUCUUAUUCUGCCCCCAGUGGGGAGCCACUGUCACGUGACCCCAGCGAGCCGCUGUUUGAUGCUGACUUCCAGACCUCCCCUCCUGCAGCCCAGGAAUCUCCUGUCGGUGACACAGCUGACCUCUUGGGACUGAACUCCGACCCGUCCAUGUCCUCAUCGUCCUCCUCUGCUCCUCAUCAAGGAGCCCAGGGAGGAAUGAAAGCUGCAUCGAGCAACAGCGACCUCCUCAACGACCUGUUUGCACCCCCUGGUGGUCAGACAGGAGCGGUGCAGGAAGACUUGUUCUUCAGUGGGCCAGCCAGUGGAGCCACAUCAGACUCAAAAUCCAUGGGCGACCUGUUCGAUCCAUUUGGGAUGGGGUCUGGCUCUGGUGUCAGCUCCACCGUGGGGUCAUCUCGGCAGGCCUCUGGUCCAGACCUGUUUGGCGACCUGUUGGGUUCUGAAGGUUCAGCUCACAGUAACCCCGCUCCUGCUUCCAACACAAGCCUCUUCAACCUCAAUAAGCUAGUGAAUGAUACCCCUAAGAUGACAUCAUCAGCCAGCCAGCCAGACCUGCUGGGAGGGUGGGACAGCUGGGCAGCUGGCACCAACGCUAGCAUGAGUGCCACCACCAGCAAACCUAAUUAUACCAACACAGCUUCUAGUGCUUCGUCUAUGUCGAAGGCCAAGUCUCAAACCUUUGAUCCCUUCGCCGACCUUGGAAACCUGGGCACCAAUUUACCAGGUUCCUCCAGCAGUAAUUUUUCCGGGCCUUCUUUCAGCGCAAAGACUCCCUCCUCCUCUACUUCCUCCUCUGCUAAGCCUCAAGCCCAGCCCUGGCAGUCAGCAAGACCCUCUUCAGCCCAGAGCAAACCUUGGAUGUCUGGAUCAGGACAAGGACCUGCACCCAAAGCACCCUCUGCAUCUCAGUCUGCAGGCGCACAGCCCACUAAACCCAACUACAACCUCAACUUCUCCAGUGUGAUUGGUGGGAGAGAGGAGAGAGGAGUUCGGGGGCCUGGAUUUGGCCCCAAACCGAAGGUAAAGGAGGACGAUUUUGAGGACCUGCUGUCAACUCAGGGUUUUGCCUCGAGGCCUGAUAGGAAGGGACCAAGGACCAUCGCUGAAAUGAGGAGACAGGAGAUCACAAAAGACAUUGAUCCACUUAAAUUACAGAUCUUGGACUGGAUCGAGGGGAAGGAGCGAAACAUCCGAGCGCUGCUGUCAACUCUGCACACUGUGCUGUGGGAGGGUGAAACCCGCUGGAGGCCUGUGGGCAUGGCCGACCUGGUGACACCCGACCAGGUGAAGAAAUACUACAGGAAGGCUGUGCUGAUUGUCCAUCCAGAUAAGGCAACAGGCCAGUCUUACGAAGAUUAUGCUAAGAUGAUCUUUAUGGAAUUGAACGACGCCUGGUCAGAGUUUGAGAACCAGGGAUCCAAAGCACUCUUUUAGAACACCUGGUCUGGAUCCCAGCCAGACCAGACCAGACUGGACUGGAUUCAGCCUAACCACACACAAGGGUUAGACUGGGCCAGAUUGGACAGGACUGAGCCCACAUUGGGCCUUAGGGGGCGCAGAGCCUCUGAGAGGUGUCCUCUCUACCAUUCCCUUCACUCCCUUCUUCCUUCUUUACUUUCUUCUCUUUCUACAGUCAAGGAAAAAAGACCUUUUGCCUCACGUCCGGCUGUGGUGAAAAUCUCCUCGCUGGUUCAUAAACGGCCGGCAAAAAAACAAACAUUGUGAUAGUUGUUGAAACUCACUGCCUACCUGUACAACUGCCUGAGUGGUGCUGCAAACAUCUGGAGGGAAGGAUGGGUGACAAUCACACGAGGAAGACAGAGUGGAAAUGAGUACUACAUAAUAAGACAAAGACUUUUAAGAUUAUCAUGACAGUGGUAUUCUGAUGAAAAGAUUUAACGAGCCCACACUAAUGAGAUGUUGCUAAAUUCUGGCUGUGGCUGGUGAGUUGGUGAGCACUUUUGCAAACAACCAGCCACUUCACUGACUGGUUAAAAAAAAUAAAUAAAUAAACACGGCUGUACAUUUUCCAGCAUGCCGGCCAACAUGGAGUGUUGUUUUUAAGCUUAGCAAACGUUGCUGAUGAAUUUUGGGACAAACCAGCCACAGCAAACAACGGACAAAAAACUAUCCCGCCUCAAAUGGAGAAGCAGGAUUUUUGAACGACCACAGAUCUGUUGAUAAUGCCCAUUAAUACUUUGAAGUGCACCUUUUGGGGUCAGUGGUGGUUUGGGUUUGUUGUUGAGCCAUUCCUCUCCAGAAAGACAAGACUAUUGCCUGCUGAACACUACUAGUGCUGCUUCUAACAUAACAGUUACGACUACACACACACACACACACACACAC